AUGGCACUGCCGACGGGUACACAACCAACACUUUCCAGAGAGGAUGAAUCUCAAAUUUGGAAGUUCAUUCACAGAGAAGUUUGUACCAAUGGAAGCUACAAAGAAGUCAAACCAUCUCUUCUCAUGAAAUAUAUUGAAGAAAGUGGCACUGAUUUCGAUGCCGAGCACCUCUUCAAAAUCUAUAACACUAUCAUGGUACACGAUUUAUAUAACGCAAAACUUUCUUCGCUCGAGGUUCUCGAACUAUACAAGUCGCUGAAGAUUACGAUCACUCAAAAUGUUCUAGAUGAAAUGGAGAGACGUUUUGAUGCAUGGCUGAUUCUAAAUGCCGAAAAUCGGCUUUACACCUGGCAUUAUAAUGUCCCCGAUGUCAUGUUUGGGAAUCGAUCAAAUUUGAUAAAACCAGAAGUGAUGGAAAAUGCAGAAAAACCAGUUAAUGAAGAAGAAGAAUAUGGUCUCGAAGACAUGACUCCAAAUCAAUCAAAUAAUGAGUCAGCAACAGAGCAACCUGCAGAUCCACUCGAAAUAGAAAUUUGGAAAUAUAUCGGCGAAAAUUUCGACGAAAUUACUUCGGAAAAGCUGGCAUCUCUGCAGUUUUGGGAAAAGAUGCUAGCUGAAAAGGAAGAUAUGAAGCAGUUUAACAAAUCAGCAUUCCAAUUACUCCGUCUUUUCCAAGGAACACUUUUGGAAACUGGAUUCUGGCGUCAGAAGUUCAAUGUGAAAAGAAAGUUGAAAAUGAUCAAAGAAAUGAGACUGCACUUGGAUUUUCAUAAAUAUAGUUGGUUCUGGAUCAAUGAACAGGUCCAGUUGGAAAGAUCAGAAGAAGGUUAUCUCAUUUCUUGGAAGUUUAUGAACGAUGAGUUGAACGAUGAGAAUGAGCAACUAAUUGAGAAUGAGCAACUAAUUGAGAAUGAGCAAGAAAUUGUGAAUGAGCCAGAAAUUGAGAAUGAGCCUGAAAUUGAAAGACCUAAUAAAGAGGAAAAAGAAGAGAAAGAAUCAAUAAAUAUUACUCCAAAAAUACUGAGAAGAAAGAGUGCACCGGUGAAAUCGAGAGAGUCAAUCUCAGUUAAUUAUACUCGUAAUAAUAGUUCAUUUUCUGUUACAAGAAAUGUGAAAACUGAAGUGGAAAAAACGAGAAAUCCGUUCACUAAAAAAGAAGACUGGAAUGCCUGGAAAUACGUUUUGAAGCGUAUUCUCGAGGUGGAAGCCGACGAUAAGACCCUAAAAAAAGAAGAAGUGAAACCGAAAGGGUUAACGUUUUGGCUGGAUUAUAUUUCGUAUUCAAAUUCCGAUCGAACUGCUGAUAAUUGGUGUUCACACUUCCGUAAAAUAAUGUGCAGAGAACUUCAUUACACAAAGUUCAGCAGAGCCAACAUUCUCAAGUUAUAUGCUCACCUGAAUCUCAAAGUGGGCAAAGAAUUGGAAAAGUUUCUGGAAAAGAAGUUCAAAGCCAUUAUUAUACUUGAUUCGAAUACAUUCGUCGAGUCAUGGGUCUUCAGAGAUAAAUAUCCGGGACCUAAUGAUCACGAAGACGAAGAUAUAGAAUCAGAAGACGACGAGGAAGUCAAGAAUGAGAGCGAUGUCGACAAGAGUGAUGAUGAAGACGACGUCGGCCAGGACGCUUCCACUUCAGAUAAGCGUUCAGCCAAAAACGACCGUCGUAAGAGCACUAAUCAAAGACGCUCACGUAUUGAAAUCGAUUCUGAUAUGGAUUCUGAUGCAGACAGUGUUAUGGAGUCAUUGAGGAGCCAGAAAAGGAGACGUUAUGAGAAAGAAUCCUCGGAAGAAGAUGAAAGUGAUAUAGAGAAUAGAUCGAGAAGAAACAGCAAAAAGGAAUCUCGUCCAGCUGUUGAAACUUCAAGUAGCUCAGAUGAGGAUGCACCAGCUAAACGAACUCUUCGUCCUAAGAAAAAAUCUGGGGGGAAAAAUAAGAACCCCAUCUCGUCUUCUGGUCGCGGUCGCCCCCGCAAAGAUGGUCCAGCAAGUAGAACUCGUGGAAAAACCCAGAAUUAG